UAUGCAUUCAUUAGGGAUUUAAUUGUUCAGAUCUUUACUUAAAAAUUUGAGAUCCUAGUAAAAGAAUCUGCCUAUCUAAACUUAUACAAAAUAAUACGAGACCAUAUAACACGAUUAAAAGAAGAAGCUACUAAGGAUUAGACGAAGCAUUCAUCAAAAAAGGUACUUAUAUAAAUUACUAAACAAAAUUACAAUAAUUAACCAUAUAGCCUUUCAAAACAUUUAGUACCUAGUACACAGAUAAAUAUUGAUUGAACUCUGAGCGUAGCUGAAGUAUGUAUAGCAUUAAAGGUUUCUGCUGAAGCGUGUUUUUUUUCUUCCUGUUAAAAAAUUUUAUACCAGAAAUAAAACUAUCAAUAUCAAGUUCACCAAAUUUUUGAAAGACAAUAUGGGAUAAUUGGGUCGUUUAUUGAUCUUAAAAAAUGUCUUAAUAAUUAUCUAUAGCCGCAUGGAGUCAUACUUACCCGUACGUACUUCUCGAAAUAGUUAAACACAUAUUUAAUUUUCGACUUUAUUCAACUAAAAACUUUUACAUUCAAUAAAACUCAACAUUCAUUAAUAGCCACUAUGCCAAAUACAACGAUACAAAUAUAUCAAAAUUUGAACAAUGCACUUCAACAGUUCUUUGCAUGUGUUAUUUAAUUAUAGUAAUUUCAAAUCUUUUUAAAGAUAAUAUGAAGGUGUUCGUUAUUUUGGGACUUGUGGCCAUAUCCAUCAGUGCUGUGUGCUCAAUAACAAUAAAUGACAUUUCAGAAGAAUGGAAUUUGUUUAAAGUUUGUACAAGAUAUUUGUAAAAAUAUCGAAAAUAUUUUAAUAAAUUCAUAUACCAUUUAAUACUUUAAAGGUCAAAUAUAAUAAAACAUACAAGAACAUCGAAGAUGAACUAUUCCGUAAAAAAUUGUAUUUAAAAAACAAAAUAGUAAUUGAGGAACACAACAAAUUAUACAAAAAAGGCCAAGUAACAUAUAAAUUAAAAAUGAAUCAAUUCGGUGAUAUGGUAAGUUUUUAUUACUUAGUUUAAUUAUCAUAAACCCUAAUUCAAAUUCCUAAAUUUGAACAUUUACUAUUAAAUUAUAGGCUAACCAUGAAAGGAAAUAUAUGAAUGGAUUUAAUCAAAUAUUAAAAAACAACAUAGAUGAUAGAGAUUCCGUGACUUACUUGAGUCCUGAAAAUGUGAAUAUUCCGAGUUCAAUUGAUUGGAGAAAAUUAGGAGCCGUAACACCUGUCAAAGAUCAAGGGCACAAAUGCGGAUCUUGCUGGGCGUUCAGUAGUGUAAGAUUUAAAAAUUUAUUUCUACAAUAACUGGGUUCAUUCAAACUAAAUUAUAUCACAAGAAAUUAUUUUACGAAAUUAUAAAUAUGAACAUCAUCUAUAAUAAAAUAUCCCAGGAUUCAUUUAUUUUAUAAUUAUAAUAACAAAUACUAUUACUGAUUAUUCCAUCCUAGCCAUCAUACCAUUCUAGAAGGAUAAAAUAUAUUUUGUUACCCAGAUUAUAGCUCAAUAAGUCACAUCCACAGUUCUCAUGUUCGCAAUACGCAUUAUUUAUAAUUCAAAAUGACGUCCGAUUUUUUUUGGGGGAUUGAUGAAUGCAUUGAAUACGUUUUCGAAUUGUAAUUGUUGGUCUUAUUUUAGACUGGAUCACUAGAAGGGCAACAAUUUCGCAAAACUGGUAAACUAGUAUCAUUGAGCGAGCAAAAUUUAAUCGAUUGCUCUCGCAUGUAUGGUAAUCAUGGUUGUCGUGGUGGACUUAUGGAUCAAUCAUUCAAAUAUAUCAAACUUAAUGGAGGAAUUGACACUGAAAAUUCGUAUCCUUAUAAAGGCAAGGUAAGUCAUCAAUGAUUUGUUUAACACACCUAUCAUAAUAAUUAUUUUGAAAUGUUUACAGAAUGGAUAUUUCUGCAAGUACAACCCUCAAAACAAAGGGGCUACGGUCACAGGUACCGUAGACAUUGCUACAGGAGACGAAGACGCUCUCGCUGAAGCAGUAGCUACCGUUGGACCGAUAUCCGUUGGAGUUGAUGCUUCCUCAGACAACUUCUCCUUCUACUCAGAAGGUGUGUUCUACGAGCCUACUUGUAGUUCUACAAUUAUCGACCAUGCUAUACUAGCUGUUGGUUACAACACCACAGAAGCGGGAGAAGAUUACUGGAUUGUUAAGAAUUCUUGGGGAGAGGAGUGGGGUCAGGGUGGCUACAUAUGGAUGGCUCGAAAUAAGAACAACAACUGUGGUAUCGCGAGUAUGGCUAGUUAUCCUCUGGUAUAAAUUAUAAGCAAUAUAUAUUUUGAGUGUAAACGAUUUUGAAAAUUAUGUAUCAACUAUAACAAACAUACAAAUUGUAAUAUAUCAUUGUUAUUAAA